ACACUUCAUUCCUUGACUUCUCGGUCGCCUUUCCCCUCCAAGUUGAAAGUCAGUCGUCAACACCAACAGCAACGGCGGCGGCAGCAGCAGCAGCAGUGUCGUCGUCUACCCUUCUUCCCUUGCAAUCAAUCCAUCCCUUUCAUGCUUCCCUCCUCUACAAGUAACAAACUGGAGCUGGAAUCGAAAAGGAAGACCAAGUCUCUUGUUCCCUCUGCCCUCCGCCCGUUCUCUCCCUCCCUUCUCUCACCGGAUUCCAGCCCAGCCCCAAGGUAACCAAGUAACUACUCCAUCAAUUCCAGUCUUUAGAGAGCUCAGUUAGUCUAGGUAUGCCUGCCUUGCCGCCUGAAUCCAUCAAUUCCAGCUGAGGUGAGGCAUGCUGUGCUUCAGCUCUGGCAUGGGGGGAGUGAAGUAGCGCUCUGCUCUACUCUGCUAAAAGAAAAUCCCCUUCCUCCUAAGCUACAGUAGUACGCAAUCGCAAUACAAUCUUUGUAUCGAUAUUUCUAGUGCGGUAGGCAACCGAAUCAGCGCUUUCUCGUUCUUGCCCACGAUCCAGGAUGUGGUGCCUGCCGCGUUACUUCCACCGAGGCGCGCCCAAGGAUGAACAGGGGAAUGAUCACACCGAUCCCAUCCCCACGUCCUCGACCGCCUACUCGGGGCGGUCCAUGAGCACCGCCACGUCGUCGACCGUACCGUCCGGCUCCGACCACACCGGUUCCAUCAACGUCUCCGACAUGAGCGCCGAGUCGAUUCAGCGCUCGCAGCAGUACCCGAGCUUCUCUGACAGGCCCGCGAACCUCAGGGUCUUCACCUUCUCCGAGCUGAGGAACGCCACCCGCAACCUGAACCGCUCCCAACUGGUCGGCGAGGGCGGCUUCGGGUGCGUGUACAGGGGCACCCUCAAGAUCGCCGCCUCUCCCGAGGAGGAAGCCGCCGCCGUUGAGGUUGCUGUGAAGCACCUCAACCGGAAUGGGCUUCAGGGGCACAAGGAGUGGUUGACAGAAGUGAACGUUCUCGGCAUCGUGGAUCAUCCCAACCUAGUGAAGUUGAUAGGGUAUUGUGCUCAGGACGAUGAGCGAGGAGCACAGAGGCUCCUUGUGUAUGAGUAUAUGCCUAACCGGAGCGUGGAUGAUCACUUGUCGGGCCGAGCAAUAGGGACAACUCUGUCAUGGCCUAUGCGGCUCAAGGUAGCUCUGGACGCUGCAAGGGGGCUCAAGUACCUGCAUGAAGACAUGGAUUUCCAGAUAAUUUUCCGUGACCUCAAGACAUCAAACAUUCUGCUGGAUGAAAAUUGGAAUGCAAAACUGUCUGACUUUGGCAUGGCUAGGCAAGGCCCAACGGAGGACCUCACACACGUCUCGACAGCGGUGGUUGGCACCCUGGGGUACGCGGCACCGGAGUACCUCCACACGGGGCGGCUGAACGCCAAGAGCGACAUCUGGAGCUACGGCGUGCUGCUCUACGAGCUCGUCACCGGCCGUCGGCCCAUCGACACCCACCGGCCCCGGAGCGAGCAGAAGCUCCUGGAGUGGGUGAAGCCGUACAUCUCUGACACCAAUAGACUAAGGAUGAUCGUGGACCCGAGGCUGGAGGGGCACUACAACAUCAAGAUGGUGGCAAAGCUGGUCACCGUCGCGAACCGCUGCCUUUCCAGAAUGCCCAAGGCGCGUCCCAGGAUGGGCGAGGUCCUGGACAUGGUGCAGAAGAUUGUCGACGCCGCCGCUGCCGGUUCUGCUGCUCUGCCGCCGCUUCACUACUACAGCAGCAGCAGCAGAGAGGAGGAAGGUGACUCCAAGUUGAAGCGGGAGAAUAAGAGAGGGUUUCAUGGUUACCGUUGGCCAGCUGGAAGAGGAAAAGCUCCCUAAUGAGCUUGUUGUGGUAUACCUGGAUUGUUAGUUAGUGCUCAAGUAUACCUGGAUUAUCCCUUUUCCGUGAGAUCAAACUGGUUGGUGCGUGUAAUUCUACAUGCACAAUUAAAAUGAAAAUACGUCAUGUUUUCAAGGUGGUGGUGGUGUGCAGGAUUUCCUCAUCAGCUUAAAGAUGCUUCUUGUCAAGCGCGGUGGACACCGCCGGCCACUCUCACCACGCUGACGCUAUCCACCAUGGAUGCCAAACAACUACAAGAAAAUAUGUGAUGCUAGAUGUUUACAAUUAGUAAGUCAGUGGUGAGGCUAGUACUACCAGUUUUCAGGGGUGACGAGAUCUUCAGCAUAUCCAUGGUGAACUAUAUAAUUAUACUGAUUUUCUUUAAUAAAGUAAUAAAUUACCACA